GCGUUUGUUGAGCUGGGCUCCAUGGAUCAGGCGAAGGACAUGGUGAAGUUCCACGGAAACUAUCCUCCCACUGUGAACGGACAGCAGAUGGAGUUCACAAUCUCACACACCUUCAACUUCCUCCAGAGUUCUCGGGUAGUCAGUUUCACUCCGCCUCCAACAGGAGAGGACGGUCAAUCAGACCUGAUCAGCAUCAUUAAACGCUUUGGCUCACCGCUUUACACCCUGUUCCUGCCCUCCAAGUCAUUUGUAGAGAUGAAAGAAACGAGUGACGCUCAGAAGUUGGUCGAUUAUUAUUCCUCCAACUCUCUGAGGAUCAACGAUGACCUCAUCAAAGUGUCCUUCUCCGGAGAAUACAAGAGCCUCAUGAGGGUUCCAUCAGCCAACAGGUACGAAGAGGAAACCAGGGGGACGAGGAGUUCAAGCAAAGACAAAGAGGAGAAGAAGACCGAGAGAGACAGGAAAAGGAGCAGCAGAGAUCGAGACAAAAGCGGGACCAGAAACAGGUCUAGGUCCAGGGAAAAGUCUGAUAAAGAGAGAAGUGGAGGAACCAGGUCCAAGUCCAAAGAGGAAACAUCCAGAACACGGUCCAGGUCUCGUGAUAGAUCUAGAGGAGACAGGGGAACUAGAACCAGGUCUAAGUCCAAAGAAAAGGACAUCAAUGAGAAGAAGUCUGAGUCCAAAGAAGAAUCCAGCAGAGAGAGGAGUUCCAGGUCUGAGUCUGAUCUCAGAGAGAAUUCAGUCAAAGAAGAAACAGAGGCGUUUGUCACCACAGAGUCCAGCUCUGAUCCAGAUCCUUUCAAAGACUCCAAUCCUGAAACUGCAGAAAAUCCACAAAUGGAAGAGGAAGCACAGUCGUCUGCAGACGAGAGCGACAUCGAGGGGAUGGAGGUGAUUGGAGAGGAUGGAGAGAGUCUACAGGACGAGGAGAUGGAAACUUUGGAUGAUGCUGAUGUAGAGGAGGAGGAGGAAGAGAGAGAUCAUAAGAAGGAUGAAGAGCAGGAGGCGGAGGAAACAGCUGAGAAAGAUGAAUGUCCUGCAGAGAGAACAGACUCACUUGUAGAAGAUCAAGAGAAGAAUGAGGAGAAUCAUGGAGAGGCAGAUGAUCAGGAGGAGGAGGAGAAGAAGGAAGAGAGCGAUCAUCAUGAGCAGCAGGAGGAGAAACAAAUGGAGGAAGAGGAGCAGCAGGAUUGUUUAAAGGAAGAUGAAAUAGAGGAGGAGAAUCUUUUUAAGCAGGCGGAGGAAGCCCAAUCCACGAGAGAAGCUGAGGAGAUGAUGGAGACUCAGCCGGAGGAAGAUGAGUCAGAUUUCCCCGUCGACCUCGACAGCUGCAUCACCCUGGAUGAACUGGAAGAAGACGAGUGUGAUUAUCUAGAUGAAGAAGUCAGACAUGAAUCUGAGUAA